GUGCGUAGAAAAACCGCACCUUCCGCUUCGACAUUCGAGUUUACGACUGUUACGAAUGCACCACUACUGAUAGCUUCUCGGCCGUUGGUAAUACCCAACGCUAGCUUAAACUUUUUUUAGCCUGUAUUUAUGAUUUGCGUUUAUUAUCUUUGCUAUACUGUUUGUGCCAAUAGACUAUAAAAACCCUUUACCUCCCAGUGACGGUCGACGGUGAAUCUUUGAGCGCACUGAGGGCUCAGUUUGACGCAUAGACUCAAAAAAAGUCCGCGGGGAAGUUCCCUAGGAAAUCCCCCUACACUGUUCGGGGAUAUUAUUCUGCACUGAUGCACCAAAGCUCCGACACAAUUGACCUCCUCGGUGCAUUUCUGAAGGCUCACGACUCGGAGCAGAGGCGUCAAAUGCCGGAUUAUUAAAAGACGAAUUCUGUCCAAAAGUCAAGUCUACUAAAUCUGCAAUGGAUAACGUCGCCAUAAACACGGAUAACGACAAAAAGCGGAGUUACACCACUCUGACUUCUCUGUAUCAUGAGACACAGCAGGAAAUCGAACUUCUGAACAAACAGAUUUAUGUAAAGGACAACAUUAUUGCAGAUUUGAAAGCGAGGCUGGGGAAAUAUGAGAGGAUCUACGUGACGGUAGGAGAUAACGAGUCUGUGGUCAUCGGACCGUCCAAGUCUUUGCUGGACAGCUUGUGUCAAGAAAUAUACAAACUGAAACAGAAGAGGAACGACAUGGAGCUGAAGGCAUCUCGACAAGCAGAGGAGAUCCAGAGGCUGACUGUUCAGCUCAGAGAGAAGGAGCUGGAGCUGGAGAACGUCAGGAGUCAGCCGGACCACGAGAAGGACCAGGAGAUCCAGAGGCUGAGGUCUGCCCUGGAGGAGAGGGAGCGAUCCGAGGCUACCAGAGCCGUGUUUUGUACAUCCCUGGAGAAGGAGGCUGACCAGCUGCGCAAACAGCUUGGAACAACUGUGACGGUGUGCCAGGAGCUGCUGGCGAGGCUGGAGAAAGGGAAGAAGGGAGGAGAAGAAGGAGUGGAGGUUGUGGCUCAGCAGCAAAACGCUAAGGAGGGGUCAGAGUCCUUCGAUACCCAAAUCCGUCAUCUUCAGGAGGAGAAUGAGCAACUUAAGCAGCGAGUGGCAUAUGUACAAGGUCUGAAUUCCCAGUGGCAGAAGUAUGACUCCAGCAGGGAGGACUAUAUCAAAGGUCUAUGUCAGAGGCUGAAGGAGACCUCUGGGCAGGGCUUGAUGCCCGCGCUGGGCACUGUAAACAGCGGCUUGCUUCAUCAGGAGAUUUCCAGGCUCAACGGUUUACUCCAGGAGAAGAUGGACGAGUGUGAGCAGUUGGAUAGAGAAGUAGAGGAUAUAAGGAAAAGAAGCCAAGACAGAAUCCAGACUCUGGAACAGCAGGUCCUCAUCUACACAGAGGACUUUAAGUCUGAGCGUGCCGACAGAGAGCGAGCACAGGGCCAGAUCGAAGAGCUGAAGGAGCAGGUUUACCAGUUAAAAAGACAGCUACAAAAACAGGGAACAGGCAGAGAGAACAGAGAAGUGGUUCCCAUGUGUCGUGUGCACAUAGGACACAGGAUCUCCUCAAGGCGGCAUAAGGACUCUUCAGAGCCUGUAUUGAGGACCGCUGCUGAGAUGCAGCAGCAGCCCGCAGCUGCAACAGCACCGAACGCUCUCUGGAACCAAAGCCCAGGCCUGUCGGACCUUCAGUGCCCGAGGUGCCACGCUACGUUCAACGACAGGGAGGCUGCAGAGUACCUGAACCAUUGUGAAGAGUGUGCCAAACUAUAAACGGAGCAACACUCAUUUGGAAAAGACACUUAUCUCUUGCUGACUGUAACUGAACACUGAAGAGCAGCACUACACGGUAGAAAAACAACCUGAGUGGAGUUUCCAAUUCGGAGUAUUGACAACAAAUGAAACGACUGACUUAAGAUGUUUGGACACACAGAGGCAAAGCUGUACAACCCAAAGUUCCCCUGAUGCAAGAGAAAUGAGUUCAUCAGGCUUUUUCUUAGUCUCUAUAGUUGUAUUUUUUUUUUUAUUUUAAGCCUAGUGUCUGUUUCGUAGUGUUCUUCUGUGGUAAUGCAGGAGAUUACGGUGGUGGGGAAGUGGAUGCCACUGCAAUAUAUCAAAUUAUCAUAUACCUCAGUGUUUCAAAUUACAAACCAAUUGCACUUUCUUGACAUUUAUCCAAAAGUUAAUCGUGGGCUCGUACGAUUAAGAGAUUCAUGAUGCAUAAGCUUAUUUUGGACCUAGACAUCCAGUCGACAAUGUGGUGCUAUUAGUUGUUUAUUUUUGAUUGAACUUUACAUAUUUCUGUUCUGUAAAUUAUAUAUUCUUAAUAACAGAUUUAAAAUAUAAAACUAUUAUAUUUCUAUUUAUUCUGUUUGCAUAGAUGAUUAGAAAAGAAAAGGCAAAUCAUUUUAGUGCAAUGUUGCCUUUUUUUCUAUUAAAGUCUUGAAUUUUUUUUUUUUUAUUUUUUUUUUUUCCUGGAAAACUUUUGGGAUUGAAAAUGUUAUAAGUACAUUACAACUGGUUUUAUAUAUAUAUAUAAAUAUAUAUAUAUAUAUGAGAUCCACUUUUCGAAAGUUUAAAGACUGCAUCCCAACUGACAAUAUGCUCAUUUUUGGAGGUCUGGUGCCAUUGUUGAGCUGGCACAUUAUUUUUGUAAUAAAACAAAAAAACAAGUUUUACCCACA